AUGGCUGAAAAAUUAUUAAGGAAAAUUUCAGAAAAAAUUGUUAUAAGUAAUAUUUUUCUUUCAAAACAUAACAAAUAUAAACAACAAAAUAUUUAUUAUUCAACUUUAAAAAAUUGUUAUAAUUUUUUUAAUUCAAAAAACAUUUUUUUAAAUGCUAAUAUAAAAAAAAUUGACAGUGGCAACUCUUUAAUUUUUUUUAAGAGACAAUUUAUUACAAAAAAUGAGAAGGAAAAAGAAAAUGGAAACGAUAUAACAACGUUAAAUAACGAAAAAAUAAAUAAUAAUAAUAUAGAGAGAAAGAAGAAAAAGGUAAAUAAUGAUGAAGAAGAAACAUAUGUAUUUCAAAAUGGUAAAGAAAAUAAUUUAAAGAAAACUGAAGAUCACAAUAAUGAAAAAUCCAUAAAGAAAAGUUUAAUAGAAAUAAAUGAAGAAAAAAAGACAGAAAAAGAAAAUGAAGUAAGUAAUGAAUUAACAGAAGAAAAAAAAAAUAAAGAAUAUCUGGUUUUAAUGUUUACAUGUAAAAUAUGUGAAAAAAGAAGUGCAAAAAAAUUUUCUAAACAAGCAUAUUAUAAUGGAGUUGUAAUUAUUAGAUGCCCAUCAUGUGAUAAUCUGCAUUUGAUAUCCGAUCAAUUAGGAUGGUUUCAAGAUGGAAAAACAAAUAUAGAAAAAAUUUUAGAAGAAAAGGGAGAAGGAGUUAUUAGAAAAUUCUCUUAUAAUAAUUUGUUAGAAAUAGAUGAUCUACUAAAUGCAUAUAAAUAA